AUGAAACUUUCGAAAUUCUUUGUAUCUCCUAAAAAACUUCGCUCAAAAACAAACUCAAAUCACAACUCAUCAAACACUUCUCCCCAAUUACUAACGCCUCGUCGUUUUCCCUCCCAAUUCUCUACAUCUCCUACCACUUCCGCAUCUCUUACAUUUCCAAAUUUCGCCGACAAUUCUUCCCAAAAGUUUUUCUACUCUUCUCCCAACUCUUCAAAUCAAUCACUAAGCGAAGCAAAAGAUGACGACGAUCUCGACGAGAACAUUUUCUAUACAAUAUUGAGAAAAGACUAUCCGAAGAUAUUCCAUCGAGUGGCUGUAAUAUGUGUGCCGCAUUCGAGAAGUAUUGUCGGACUGAAAAUGUCAAGGUCAUUCAUCGAAACACAUUCCUUGACUCCGUCACCAUACUUUACUGGUCAAUAUCACAGUAUCAAUGGGAAAAUAGUGAGCAUCGAAAGGAAUGUCAUUAAAUCAAUAUCAGGGUUCAAGGAACAUCGGACAAUCCGUAUCAUGGGCGAGGAAUUAGUCUAUAACGAGUCUUACAAGUCAAUCCAAGUCCUGAUCAUUGAAAGGCCGCUCGAAGGCGAAGGCAUGGCAACAGAGAGCACAUCGCCCACUAUACCUUCAGAAAGGAAUCACGAGACCGAUCUACUAUUCUUACAGAGUUUUCCCGAGAACGAGAAUGCGAUCGGGGAAUUAGCACAUAUGGUGACUGAAUUUAACGAGACUUAUGUAUACGUUCGUGGAUAUUCUUAUUAUGCUGUUGAUCGAAUAAUGCAGAUCCUCAAUAAGGCAGUAACGGCAUUCCUCAAAGCCAACCAAACACUCGCAAGCGUUUGUCGCUUGCAACAUGAGCUCGAUCAAUUUCUGGAACUAUUGGAAAAUGUGAUAAUGGCUGAACUCCACCAGAAGAUUUUCACCGAUGCUCUCUGUCCCAUAUACAAUUCUCACGAUAGUUACCUCGAAUCAAUAAUGCAUGCCUACUUCCGCGCUCGUCUCACUCUCAAAGACUAUGGCAUAUGCAAUCGUCUGCAAAAUAUGCCCGAAGAAUCGCUCAAUACCGCUUGUGAAAUCCUUAGUUGUCUGGAUGAAGACGAUAAUCGUGAAGAUGGCCUUCAAUAUGGAUUAGGCAUCAGCGCUGAGCCACGGUCUAAACUCGUCCCUGCAAAGACACCAUUGGAAAAACUUAUCUGCGCCAAAAAGGCAAUUCAAGAGGUUGCCAAUGUAGCCGAUACUUUCUUAAAUCAGUUGACAAGCGGAUUGAGCUUUGACGAGGGUGCAGAGAGAUCAUCCAUUACUACGGAUGAUUUUAUUCCAUUGAUGGCAUAUGUUAUUGUUAAUACUAGAAUUCGAAAGCUUGGAAGUGUUCUUUUUUAUAUGCAAACAUUUAGAUUGUCGAAAGUCGAACGAUCAGAAUUGAGCUUUGCGUUGACAACUCUUCGAGCGUCAACAGAAUUUCUCAAAUCUGAUCCACUGUCUCUACAUGAUGCCGUCUCAAUAGCAUCUUCAAUAUCUUCUUUAGCGUCUUCCCAUUCAUCGUUUAAACCGUCCAACUCAAACAGAGCGCGAAGUCGAUCAACCUCGCUUUCAACGCCACCCACACCCGUAUCAACACAUGGAGUAUAUACUCAGAAUCCACAUUCACGAUCAUCAUCAUUGACCUCAGGACUUCCAAGUACUUCACGUGACAGAUCACCGGCGCGAUCGGUAAAUUCAGUGUCGAGUUCGACACAACAAAAUCACAAAGUUGGCUCGACAACGCCAAAUGUACAUACUCCUGGACAAGCACUCAAUCGAUCGCUAUCACAAAGUGAAGACCUUGGGUUGGAUUAUAGUCUUGCGAAUAGCCCAUUAUCUAGUACUCCAGAAGAAGGGCAUCCCGUUCUUAGUCGGCGAACACGACGAGCAUCGGUGACGCCUGGCCUUGUUAUUAAGCCACAGAUUCUCAUCGUUCAUUCCCGGCCAUCUACCGGUCGGAGAAGCAUCGACAGUGAUCGCACAUCGCUGAGCGACACAGUUGCUAAUGACAAUGCUAUACCGAAAUCUACUACGAUAUCGUCUUCCCUUCCAAUGGAGCCUGCCAUAGCACCUCUUCCUGUUAUUCGUUCUCCAUCUCGAAGUUCAACAACGGCGCAAAGGACAUAUCACAGGAAUUCUGUCCAUGUUCCGGAAAUAAUUGCAGUGAUUCCUAGAUCGCCACCGACUAGCAAAACCAUAAAACCCGCGCUUGAUUUAUCUCCGCCAAGUUCGGAAAUUAUGGGUGAUUUUCUAAGCUCAUUACAGAACAUUGAUGGGAAUGUAUCCGGGAGUCCGCAUGGGGAGAUUAUGCAACGGUGGUGA